AUGGAGAACUCAUCAGUGGCAUCGGCCUCCUCGGAGGCUGGGAGCAGCCGCUCUCAGGAGAUCGAGGAGCUGGAGCGUUUCAUCGACAGCUACGUCCUGGAGUACCAGGUCCAGGGGCUGCUGACGGAUAAAACAGAGGCGGAUGGCGAGAGUGAGAAGACACAGUCCCAUGUCUCACAGUGGACGGCAGAUUGUAGUGAGCAGCUUGAUGGCAGCUGUUCCCCAUCCCGAGGGAAGGGCUCUCCGAGUCAAAAUGGCAACAAGGACAGCAACCUUGACAUGCUGGGCACAGACAUCUGGGCUGCCAACACCUUUGACUCCUUCAGUGGUGCGACGUGGGACUUGCAGCCUGAAAAACUAGAUUUCACCCAAUUUCACAGGAAGCUGCGAAACACCUCCAAACACCCGUUGCCUCACAUAGACAGAGAAGGGCUUGGAAAAGGGAAAUACGAGGAUGGAGACAGCAUCAACUUGAACGACAUAGAGAAAGUCCUUCCAGUGUGGCAGGGCUACCACCCAUUGCCUCAUGAAGCUGAAAUCGCACACACCAAAAAACUGUUCAGAAGGAGGAGAAACGACCGGAGGCGACAGCAGAGACUUCCUGGUGGGAACAAGUCUCAGCAGCACGCAGAUCAUCAGCAAGGUGGCACCAAACACAACAGGGACCACCAGAAACUAUAUCAAGGAGGCCAGGCCCCUCACUCCUCAGGCAGGACGGGCCACCAUGGCUACAGCCAGAACCGGAGAUGGCACCACAACCAGAAACACUCACCCAACGACAAAGAAACGCACAGAAACGCCAAAGAGACUGAGAAUUUGAAAAUCGAGGACACCUCCGUCUGCACGGUGCAUAUCCCCGUGGAGACACACCGAGGCCCAGAGGCUGUGGAGAAGCAGUCUCAGCAGUACAACCAGGAGUCAGAGACCAAACGGAAAGACAGUAUUCAUGAGCGCAUUGGGGAAAGACCCAAGAUCAAUUUGCUUCAGUCUUCCAAAGACAGGCUGCGGAGGAGACUAAAAGAAAAGACGCCUUGUCUUUCCCUUUUCACGGACCAGGACGAAGUCACGGUGGAAACCACCAACCCUGAAAAGAACAAAAUGGACAAAUUAAUUGAAAUCCUCAACAGCAUGAGGAACAACAGCAGCGACGUUGACUCCAAGCUCACCACCUUCAUGGAGGAGGCCCAGAACUCCACCAACUCUGAGGAGAUGCUGGGGGAGAUAGUCAAGACCAUCUACCAGAAAGCGGUGACGGACCGCAGCUUUGCUUCUACAGCAGCCAAGCUGUGUGACAAAAUGGCCCUUUUCAUGGUGGAAGGAACCAAAUUCCGGAGUCUGCUCCUCAACAUGUUGCAGAAGGAUUUCACCAUGCGGGAGGAGUUGCAGCAGCGGGACGUGGAGCGCUGGCUGGGGUUCAUCACCUUCCUCUGCGAGGUCUUCGGCACCAUGCGGAGCAGCACCGGAGAGCCCUUCCGAGUCCUUGUCUGCCCCAUUUAUACCUGCCUCAGGGAGUUGUUGCAGUCUCAGGAUGUGAAGGAAGAUGCUGUGCUUUGCUGCUCCAUGGAGCUGCAGAGCAGCGGCCGUCUGCUGGAGGAGCAGCUGCCCGAGAUGAUGACGGAGCUGUUGGCGAUAGCUCGCGACAAGAUGCUGUGUCCCUCCGAGUCCAUGCUGACCCGGUCCCUGCUGCUGGAGGUCAUCGAGCUGCACGCCAACAACUGGAACCCCCUGACGCCCACCAUCACACAGUACUACAACAAGACCAUCCAAAAACUGACGGCUUGA